UUCCUCUGUUGCAAUCGGUUACAAUGGCUGAAAGAAGUUGUAAUAAAAAGGCUCGUCCUCCUCAGUCCGUCGUCUCAAAGCUGAAGAAACGGCCGUCCUCUAGUGGUAAGGCUGAGAGAUCCAAGAGGGUUGAGGUGAGACCACAGACAAAAUCUGCCUCUGCUCCAACGAGGAAGGACACAGACGACCUUUUUGCGAAGGAAGAGGAGUACAAACUCUUAAAUGCAGAGCUGGAAGCAAAAACAGCAGAUAUAGUACGACAGGCUGAACAACUUCUAAAAGAUCAAAGUGAAGUUCUGUCAAAACCUUUAUCCACCCUCCUGCUCACAGACAUUGAGGAUGAAGAGGAUUCAAGGAUAAAGCCUCAGCAGGGCGCUGUGCAGCAGCCCGGUGUGAAGGCGGUGGCCAAGAACAGAGUCAUGUCAACAUCAAACAUGUGUAAAGGAAAUCAAGGAAAAGAGCCUCACUGUAAAACAGCUUUGCUUGAUUUCAGAACUGCAAGUGUGUCUCAUGUGGAUGAUUUAGCAGCUGUAGAAGACUCAGCUGAUUUUUUCCUAGCAAAGACGAUCCGUGGCAUGGAGGAGAGGCUGACCGACGAUGAGAUUCAUGAAAAUGUUGUGGAUGCUGUGGCUGACACUGGAGACAAUCUAGGAUCAGGUGUUUCAGAAGCUCAAAUACGAGUUCUCAAGGCAAAACUACGGAUCAUGCAAGAGGAACUGGACCAACUCUCAUGUGACUAUUAUAAGAAGGAUGAUGAAAACGCUAAACUUAGUGCAAAAAUUAAGGAGCUUGAGGAGGAUAGAGCCAGACUGCGGAAAACAACAAACAUCCAGCAGACACAGAUCGAGAAGCACAGAGCUUUAGCAGAGGAGUCCGACAAAAAAUGUGACAGUCUUCAAAUCCAAGUGACUGCUUUGCACAAGGAAAUAGAAAAUCUGAAUAGAUCGCACAAACAAGCGGCGGCUGUCCACAGCACCGUGGAGGUUCGUCUGAACAGAGCCCUGGAGGAGGUGGAGAGGUUAAAGACUCAACUCAACAAGAUGAAACAGAUGAACAAGGACAAGAUCAGUGAGGAACACCAGAGUAAAGAAAAUCUACAGGCUGAAAACAAAAUGCUAAAAAAACAGAAAGCAGAACUCAUCGUGGGUUUCAAGAAACAGCUCAAGCUGAUUGACAUUCUCAGAAGACAAAAGAUGCAUUUUGAAGCUGCCAAGCUGCUGUCGUUCACAGAAGAUGAGUUCAUGAAAGCUCUAGACUGGGGGAAGUCUUAAACACUGAGAGAAUCAGAUGUUUAGAGGACCAGAGUAAACUUUGAGAUUUUUCUCUUAAUUACUAGCACAUUUAUCCAGCAGACGACCUCACAUCUUUUCUGGAAUGAUUAAAUAAGAUCCUGUCAGCACUGUCCUAAUAAAAUAUGAAACUAAACCAUUUUGUCGAUACUGAAUACUAAAAAAGUUUCAUGGUGUAUACUGAGAAAUGAAAAAACUAAUAAGCGCUGCUUGUUUACCUGUAACCUUAAACUGCCAUCUAGUGGCAUAAAGUGGAA